UCUCUCUCUAUAAAUGUCACCCAUAGACAAGUACGAGUAAUUAAAACUCUGAUUUCAAAAUUCAAGAAAACCUAGGUUUCAAGAAUCAAGAUUCCAACAAUGGCAGGAGGAGCCAAGAAAGAGAUGGAAGUGGUGAGAGGGCUAGACAUAAAGAGGUAUAUGGGUAGAUGGUAUGAAAUAGCUUCAUUUCCUUCAAGAUUUCAGCCAAAGAAUGGAGUGAACACAAGGGCUACUUAUACUUUGAAUGAAGAUGGUACUGUACAUGUCCUUAAUGAGACAUGGAGUGAUGGUAAAAGAGAUUCUAUAGAAGGUACUGCCUAUAAAGCUGAUCCUAAAAGUGAUGAAGCUAAACUCAAGGUCAAAUUUUAUGUCCCACCAUUCUUGCCUAUCAUCCCUGUUGUUGGAGAUUACUGGGUUUUGUAUAUUGAUGAAGAUUAUACCUAUGCUUUGAUUGGCCAACCUAGCAGAAACUAUCUUUGGGUGUUGUGCAGGCAAACUCAUUUAGAUGAUGAGAUAUACAACCAGCUUGUGGAGAGGGCUAAAGAAGAAGGAUAUGAUGUGAGUAAGCUACACAAGACACCACAGAGUGACCCACCACCAGAAGGAGAAGAAGGUCCUAAGGACACUAAAGGAGUUUGGUGGAUCAAAUCCCUUUUUGGAAAGUAGAAAACAGCUAGUAGCUAAGUAAAAGAUUUCAAGAAAUAUACAAUAAUUGUACCAACAUUUCCUGCAAUUAUUGAAGUUGUGUGGUUGGUAGUGGAGAGUAUGUGAGAUAGUAAAGUCACCUGCUGCUUUUGUCUAUAGAAGGAAAAGCAAUGGGUCCAUCAUGGGUCUUUUCUAUCUUGGUAAUAUAUGUGUUUCUUUGAUUUUCUUUCUGAUGUAAUGGGUAAGGUAGUGCUAUAUAUGGAAAAUCUGCAAAAUGACAUUCUUGCUAAUCCUCAAA